AUGCAGCAACACGACGGCGCCCCGAACGCUCCCAGCGGUCCCCGUCUCCAGUCGAGCUUCCACAGGCAGAUGAACGGCGGUCACCACGGCUUCUCUCAUGGCGCCUUCGCUACGAACCAGCCCGGCUAUGGCGACCGACACCCGGAGAGGGCGAACAACAUGUCUAUCAAUACUGGCAGACUCAACCCUGGCAACCAGAACGGCAACGAUCUGCAGACUCCAGGAACUGGUUUCGACAUGAACUUCACCCCUCUGCUCCCUUCGCAGUUGCUCCUCGGUAGCCCCUUCCAGCCAGGUUCGCCCUCGGCUUUCGCUUCCCCUCAGUUCCAGAACUUCGCACAGUUCGCUGGCCAGAAUCAGUCUCAGCAACAGAACCACCAGAACAACCAGAUGGGAAGCCCCUUGCAACAGCCUCUUUCGCCCCAGCUGUACCAGAACAUGGUUUCUCCCACCAGUGGCUUUUUUGGUGGACCCCAGUCACCUACUGGAGGUUUCCCUGGUUACGGCGCGCAGGGUCUCGGUGGACUCGGCUCCUCAAUGCCGAUUGCUCCCGGUCUUGUAUCCGGAACUAGCAGGACUGUAUACCUGGGCAACAUCCCCCCGGAGACUUCUGCGGAGGAGAUACUCGGCCAUGUACGCAGUGGUCAAAUCGAGUCCGUCAGGCUUCUCCCAGACAAGAACUGCGCAUUCAUCUCCUUCCUGGACAGCAGCUCCGCUACCCACUUCCACUCUGACGCUAUUUUGAAGAAGCUGUCCAUCAGGGGUCAGGACAUCAAGAUUGGAUGGGGAAAGCCGUCGCAGGUUCCCACAUCUGUAGCCUUGGCUGUACAGCAAUCGGGCGCCUCUCGCAACGUCUACCUAGGUAACUUGUCAGAGGAUGUUUCUGAGGACGAACUCCGCGAAGACCUGAGCAAAUUCGGUCCCAUCGAUACCGUCAAGAUUGUCCGGGAAAAGGCCAUUGGCUUUGUUCACUUUUUGUCCAUCGGAAAUGCCAUCAAGGCUGUGUCUCAGCUUCCCCAGGAGCCAAAAUGGCAAGCGCCUAGGCGCGUAUACUACGGCAAGGAUCGAUGCGCUUACGUUUCGAAGACCCAGCAGCAGAACGCCGCGCAGUACCUGGGUAUCGCGCCUGGCUACGCUCAUGUUCUGAACGGUGCGGACCGCGACAUGAUCUCCAAUGCUCUUGCUCAGCAAUCUGUCGCUGCCGCUGCGGUCGCGACCUCUGCUGGUGGUGUGAACAACUUGGGUAACCGAACAGUUUAUCUAGGUAACAUCCAUCCCGAAACCACCAUUGAGGAGAUCUGCAAUGUUGUGCGCGGUGGUCUUCUUCAUCACAUCAGGUACAUCCCGGAUAAGCACAUUUGCUUCGUUACUUUCAUCGACCCGACAUCGGCUGCGUCCUUCUACGCUCUUAGCAAUCUCCAAGGACUUAUGAUCCACAACCGUCGCUUGAAGAUUGGAUGGGGUAAGCACUCUGGUGCUCUCCCGCCUGCGAUCGCCCUUGCUGUCAGUGGUGGUGCCUCACGUAACGUCUACAUCGGCAACCUAGAUGAGUCCUGGACCGAAGAUCGUUUGAGGCAAGAUUUCUCGGAGUACGGCGAGAUUGAGCUGGUCAACACCUUGCGCGAGAAGAGCUGUGCAUUCGUCAAUUUCACCAACAUUGCCAAUGCCAUCAAGGCAAUUGAAGCGAUCCGUGGCCGUGACGAAUACAAGCGAUUCAAGGUCAACUUCGGAAAGGACCGAUGCGGUAACCCUCCUCGCCAGAUGAACAGCCAGCAGGCCCAGGCCCAGCAAGCCGGUAGCGAUGGUCUCCAGUCCCCAUCGCCUAUCAACGGACUGCAUCCCAACCGUGCUGGUGCUUCAGUCUCGCCGACUGGCUCUGGCGCACCAGGCUCUGGCCAAAGCACCAACGGCCAGUUCCCUUCCGUUCAAGCACCUGCUUCAGGUAACAUCAUGAACUCCGGCAACAACAACCCCCUCAUGAUGUACCUACAAGCUCAGCAACAGCAGCAGCAACAACAACAGGUUGAGGCUAGCAUGCAACAACAGCAGCAGCAACAGCAGCAGCAGCAGCAGCAGAACCAGCAGCAAUCUUUCCAGUCGCCGCAAGCUGCUUUCUACAGCGCCGACCUGAACACUCCUCAGCCGCACCACUCUCAUAGCUCCCAUCAAAGCACAUCGAGCUUCAGUCUGAUUAACGGUACGUCAGCUGGUGGCUCAGGUGCUACUACUGUUGGUGGCCUACUCGCGCCCUCGAACCUCAACUCGCGUGGUCAACACUCCCGCGCUGUGAGCCUGCCCGCUUUCACUCAGGGCCCCUUCAACCACUCCAUGCAGCAAACCCAAGCACCUCAGCAGGGCUCCUUCGGUAGCCUAAGCUCCGGUAUCGGUGGUUUCGGCAGCGGCAAUGGCGGUUACGGUCUUGCCAUCCAGGGUGACGGCGGUCUCCCUGGCUGGGCAGAAGAAGAGGUUGGUGCGCAGUAA